AUGGCAGUGUUGAACAUAGAUGCCUCAGAUAAAGACGCAGCCAAGUUAAGGAACACCUUCACCUUGGUGGUCUCUGGAAUAGAAUGCAUCACUGGCACCGUUGGGAAUGGCUUCAUAACAGCCAUCUAUGGGGCUAAGUGGGUCAGGGCCAAAAGACUCCCAACUGCGGACUGCAUUCUGUUGAUCCUGAGCUUUUCCAGGCUUUUGCUACAGCUUUGGAUGAUGCUGGAGAAUAUUUGCAGUCUACUAUUCCCAUCCAUUUACAACCAAAACCCAAUGUAUUCACUCUUCAGAGUCACCGUCAUGUUUCUGAACUAUGCCAACCUCUGGUUUGCCACCUGGCUCAAUGUCUUUUAUUGUCUUAGAGUUGUAAACUUUACUCACCCUUUGUUCGUCAUGAUGAAGAGGAAAAUCCUAGUGCUGCUGCCUUGGCUUCUGAGGCUGUCAGUGUUGUUUUCCUUAUGCUUCAGCAUUCCCUUCUAUAAAAAUGUCUUCAAUGUGUACAUGAAUAGUUCCAUUCCUAUCCCCUCCUCCAACUCCACUGAGAAGAAUAUCUUCUUUGAGACCAAUAUGAGGAAGCUGACUAUCUUCUAUAGCCUAGGGAUCUUCAUUCCUUUGAUCAUGUUCAUCCAGGCAGCCACCCUGCUGAUCCUCUCUCUCAGGAGACACAUCCUACACAUGGAAGGCAAUGCCACCGGCUCCAGGGACCCCAGCAUGGAGGCUCACGUGGGUGCCAUCAAGAGCACCAGCUACUUUCUCAUUCUCUACAUUUUCAACGCAGUUGCUCUCUUUCUUUCCCUGUCCAGCAUCUUUGAUACUUACAGUCCCUGGAAUAUUUUGUGCAAAAUCAUCAUGGCUGCCUACCCUGCUGGCCACUCCUUGCAACUGAUCUUGGGAAACCCUGGGUUGAGAAGAGCCUGGAAGCAGUUUCAGCACUGA